UAGUAAAUAAUGCUGAGAAAGUGAUUUGUUAGACUGACAACAGGCGACUUCAUAAAUGAGAGAGCUUAUCAUGUGACAAACUAACAGCAGAAUUUCACCAAGAAACGCCUCUGUUAGUUAGCCUGAUCUCUAAGAUCAGUAUUUAAACUAGCAAACAAGCUUUUACUGGGAUUUGGAGGGUAAACAUGAGAAAAGGAUGUAAACAAAAGGAUAUUAUCGGUACCGUCACGUCUGAAAAGAGGUUCCAAUUGAAGAUGUUGACAAGGACUAAGGACCUCUGAUCUUUUUGUGAUCUACAGCGUGGUGUCUGUCUCCAGCCUACAUGUCUUUUUAUUAUGUAUAUGUACAACCUGAAAAUUGUCAAUCAUUGAUUCAUUCAAUGACUGAAUGACUUUCUCGAGGAUUUGGUAAUAGCUUGAUAUGUAAGUAAGCAGUUGAACAUUGUAUCUCCUGGCAGUUCAGACUGGUGUGGAAAGCAAUUGGACAAUUUCCUGUGUAAGAUAUUCGUUACUUUACGACAAUGGAGGAUGCAGAUGAGUGCAUCGACGAUGCUCUCCGAGUGGAGAUGGAGAAAUAUGUUCAGAAACUCACCAUGUCAGGGAAACCAAAGCUUGAUGCUGAUGUCAUGAAACAGUUCAAGAAAAUAUGCAAGAAGUCCAACACCUAUGUGAAGCAUGCCUAUCACAUGCUGAUGAUUGAACUGGAGAAAAACCAUGCAGAGGUCCGUCUCUCCACCUUCCAAAUCAUUGAUGAACUCUUCAACCGAUCUCAUGAGUUCCGUGAGCUGCUCAUCUCAGACCUCCAGGUCUUCAUGGAACUUACAGUUGAUACCAAUCCUGAUAUGCCUCUUCCGCCCCCAAAGCCAAUCGCCCAGACAUUGAAGAGGGAGACGUUGAAGGCUUUCCAACAGUGGCAGGAGAAAUAUGGUGAAGCCUACAAGAAACUGGCAUUGGGAUAUCACUACCUCCGCAGCUGCAAGAUGGUGGAUUUCAAUGACAUCCGAUCAAGAACAAUAGCAGAACGACGGCGCUCUGAGGAAAAGGAGAGGCGAAAACAGAACAUUAUGCGUGUCCGCCUGGAGCGUGUGUUGAAAGAUAUAGAAGAGGGCGCCCCUGACAUGGAGAAUGCUGCAACAGAGGUGGAAAGCUGUCUGCAGUUACUGCUGCCAUCUCCAGACAACUUCUUUAUCUGUGACGAUGACGAUAGUGAAGACAUGCCCACUACAUCAGGGAAGGCGGAUGCAUUCAGUGAUACUGUCAAGCCAAAGGAAGAGGACAAUGCUAAUAAGGUGCCCCAACUCUCUGACAGUACUUUAAGAGAUGAAGACACUGUCGGCGCAUCAGGCUCAACAUCUCCAUCUACCUCUACAGCAAACACCAAAGCCAGUGAGCCAGCAGAGACAUCAACACAGCAGGAGAAAGAGGAGAAAGAGGAGGAGGAGGAGGAAGAGGAUGAUGACUUUGAGGAUGUCCCAGAUGCUGAAGGUUUAGUACAAGCUCAUGGUCUCGGAUCCCGCCAGUACAACAUCUCUAUUGAUAUGCAGGCAGUGGAGGCGUUUGUGCAGGAGACGGACGACAACAAGGAAAUCUUUGACAACCUAAAGGACUCUCUCUGUCUGAUAGCCAUCAAGUACAUCCCUCUCGUCGGGCGGUGGCUAGAGAUUUUGUCCAAGAAUGGCGGCUCUGAAGCAGACAUCAAGAAGAUGAUCGACCUGAAGAACAAACUGUUGUCCACCAAGACCAAGUGUGAUGAGCUCCGAGUCCUUCCUGCUGUUGAAAUCGCCAAGAAGAAUAAGAGGAACGACUCUGAUGAUGAUGAUGACUUCGAGGAAGUGCCGGAGAAGGAAGGCUAUGAACCCAACAUCCCACAGCAUCUGAGAGCUGAGUAUGGCUUGGAGCCCGUGUCUGAGUCAGUUGAGGAGAAGAAAAAAGCUCCCGAGAAGUUCAUGGCACAGAUGACUCCUCAAUUUUGGAGUAUGUCCGCCAUUAGUUCUUUGACCAGCUAUGAAGACCCAACGUCCAGGGAGGCCAACGUCUCGCGCCUCAAUUCCACAGAGAGUAGCAACUCUACAUUAGGUUACAGCGCAGGAAGGUCCAAGCAUCCGUAUGCUGGUACAUCAAGGGAGACAACUGCAGCAGGCCCAGGAACAUCAGGGAAUACAACUCCAGCCAAGAAAGCUCGAGGUGACGCUCCAGUUGUGCCUUUUGGUGCAGACCUGGCUUAUUGGGAGAACCCAGACAAGAUGGAGGCUCCUGUUGUAAUGAAGUACGACUCUCUCCAUCGGUUCUGGGUGCCACCAGAGUCGGAAUCUGAGAAGCCUAAUCCUUUAGAUAUUGCUGCAGUGAAAAACCGAACUUUCCACUUCACGGGAACCUUCGAACCUGUCAAGUGGAAGUGCAGAGCACCCAUGCCAAAUGGAGGACUUUGUGAGAGAAUGGACAGGGUCAAGUGCCCGUUUCACGGGAAGGUCAUUGCCCGUGAUGAGGAGGGGCGUCCGGCACGUCUCAAUGAUGCACUGGAGAUAGCAAAACAAGCAGAGAAGAAUGCUGAAGAGCAAGUGCCUGACUGGCAGGAUCCACAGCUGCUACGUGAAAUCGAGGCCAGCACUGGCCUUGACCUACAGCUCAAACAGUAUAAAGACAAGGGCAAGGGCAAAGGCAAGGGGAAGGGCAAGGGCAAAGGAAAGAAGACAAAGUAUGGCAACUUGACAGAUAUUGACAAGAUUAAGGAUACCAGCAGGUCCCGUCUGGAAAGGAAGGUCUUCAAUGCGUCGGCGGUGAAGCGUGUGACGAUCACGGCUGGAUGCAGCAGACUACCGACGUGUCCGUGACAAGUUUGGGAACCAGUUCAAUUAUUCUCUGUCACAGAUUUAACAGAGUCAUCACAGAUCUUGUGUCCAUGUACUUUGGAGUAUAUAUCUGUGGAGUAUGUCUUACACAUACAGCUCAUAGCACAUGCAUUGGACCUAUAUCAAGAGCUCAUGGCACGGACUUGGGAGUUGUACACAGAACUUGUGCCCACAGACUUUGGGGCUGUAGCAUAACUUAUACAUAGAGCUCAUGUCCAUACUCUUUGGAGUUGUAGACCCGUGAAGAUCCGGGUUAGACUUGAUCUUCAGUAACCCAUGCUUGUCAUAAGAGACGACUAAUGGGAUCGGGUGGUCAGGC